AUGCAACUGAAACGGUCCAAGCGGAAGACAUUCGAGGAGAAGCAGAAAGCUGACUUAGUGAAGGCUCCCAAACGCCUGUUUGCUUACCUGAAACGGCGCACGAGAGAUAGAGAUGGUAUUCCAUCGUUGAUCGAUGGAGUUGACACGGUUGACUUCGACGAAGGAAAAGCGGAAGCACUGACCACACAGUCCCGCUCAGUGGACACGAGAGAUGCUGGUUCACCACCAACAGCAAUCAGAACCGCAACGAAGAGUUUUCAGAAGUGA